UCGACCGAUUUAUUUCUUUGAACAUUCGUUUAAAAUGUAAAAAAAUCCGCAUGUUUGAAGAAAUUUUCUAUGCAAUCGGGCCACUUUAUGUAGGGAUUUUUUUCCCAUUCAAAUAAUCGUUGUCAUUACUGAGGAGACUUUAUUUAGGACCUGCACGUCCUGUAAAUGCAGAAGAAAUAAACAUUUGGCGACAGUCGUCGGUGCGACAGUUUACCUCCAGUCUGAGACGCAGCUCUGUCCAUGAUGAAAAGUGUCAAGGUUGUAGUGGUGGGAGCCGGUGUGAUCGGAUUCUCCACUGCUGUCUGCAUCGCUGAGGCUCUUCCUCUGUGCUCCGUUACUCUGCUGGCAGAGAAGUUCAGCCCGGACACCACCAGUGAUGGAGCAGCUGGGAUCCUGAUUGCUGCACAGUUUCCAGAUAUUCCUUUGGAAAGACAAAGACACUGGUUCAAGUACAGCUUUGAUCACCUGUUGGCCAUUGCUCAAUCACAACACUCACCUGAAGCUGGAGUAAUGCUGAGCUCUGGGUGGCAAAUUUUCAAAGAGGUUCCAGCAGAUAAGAAGCCCUUCUGGUCAGAGUUUGUGAUCGGCUUUCGAGUCAUGACUGAGCGCGAAUUGAAACGGUUUCCAGAUCACAAGUUUGGCCAGGCGUUCACCACCAUAAAGUGUGAAUGCUCAAGCUACCUGCCAUGGCUCGAGAAGAGGUUUAGAAAAGCUGGAGGUCAAGUGCAACAGACGAAAGUCAACAGUCUUCAGGAAUUAAGCAACAGCUAUGAUAUCAUUGUCAACUGCUCUGGUUUGGGCUCCAAAAUGCUGGUGGGUGACACUCAAGUAUACCCUGUCAGAGGCCAGGUCCUCAAGAUGGAGGCACCCUGGCUGCAGCACUUCAUCAGGGAUGGAGAUGGAAAGACCUACAUCUACCCCGGCAUAAACAGUGUCACUGUAGGCGGCACGAGGCAGGAGGGGGACCAGAGACUACAGGUGGAUGAGGAAGACACAAAGGGCAUCCUGGAGCGCUGCAGCAGGCUGGAGCCAUCACUCAGCAAAGCCAGAGUUCUCAGCGAGUGGGUCGGCCUGAGGCCGAGCAGGAGGAACCCAAGGGUGGAGAGGAAGCUGGUGCAGCUGCAGGGUCGCCAAGUACCCGUGGUCCAUAACUACGGCCACGGGGGCUGGGGAGUCACUCUCGCCUGGGGUACCGCCCUGGAUGCACUGGGGCUGGUCAGACAGUGCCUUCAUGAAAUGCCUCGACAAGCAAAACUGUGAACAAAUUUUGCCACUAAAUCCUGAUUUUAGUUGCUGCUGAUAAAUCUAGUCUUUAAAUAACCACACAUGAUUGAUUGAGAUGUAAAUCACUGAUAGACAACAUGUCAACAACUCAAAUCUACUUUAAGUAUGAAUUUUUUGUAGUGUUUACAUUUUUCAGCGUAUAUAGAAAAAUAAUUAUUGGAAUGAUGAUGGUUAUCAUGUAUGGUACUACUUUAAUUUUACAGUGUGGUGCCAGUAGUGGUGCAGAGAUCUACUGUCAGAGUGAUGAACUUCAUUCAA